AGUUGCGCUUCAACGUUUAUUCUGUUGUGAACAUUUUAAAUAUUUUUCAAAUUUACUUUGGGAGGGUUAAAUAAUUUUUUAUACAGAGAAAUAUGCGAAGACUAUUUCCCAGACCUUCUCAUAAAAUGGCACAUCCGCGUCAACGUUUGAACUCGUUAAGUGAUAAUAGUACUCCGUCGAGUGAUAUAUCGGAGGGUUCAGAAACAUAUGACGCGUCUUCAACCAGCCAUGAAUGGCAAUUAGAUGGACAAAAUGCUCAUUCGUUAAUAAUUGAUAAUUUGGAUUUAAGAUUAGACAGUCUUAGUUUAGAUACAAAUUCAAUUCCAGAAAUAUUAGACAACGAACGAGCACAAAUCGAAUCUUUCUUUAGCGGAUUGGGAACAGAGGUCUAUGUCAGUUCAUCACUUGCAAAUCUUUAUGAAGGUAUUCGCAAAAAGGAUUGGCGUUUAGUUUACACUGGAGUUCCAGUUUUACUUUAUGAUAAAGGUUUUGCACGAAGUCGAACGCAACCUCGAGUCACGUUUGUACUGGCAGAGCGUGGAACGUGCUUUGCAUUAUGGAAGGAUACAAUUGAUAAUUUGUCCAAUUAUAAAGUUGCCGGGCCAGCAUUUCACACAAUGUGUCUUUCAUCUGAUCAUAGAAAAGUAGUCGGUUUCAGUUUUGAUUCAAAUGAGGCAGCAUUAGAGUUAUGGAAAAGUCUAGAGAGACUAAUUUGUUCGCCAGAAAAUAUUACUAUUUCAUCACCAGGUCGCAAAAAGCGUUCAUCAUCAAAACAAAAACGAUCAAAACAUGUUGCCUUGCCACCAAAAUCACAGAUCUCACAUCCAUGUCAAUUUCUUCAUGUUACAAAAGUCACAGCAUAUGAUACACCUCGAUUUUAUAGCUUACAAGCUUUUGUUGCGCCAUCACAUCGACAUAACGAUUAUUAGAAUAAAAACAUAUGAGGAAUAUAAGGAGAAACAGAAAAGUUUUUUUUAUGGAGUUAAGUUCUGAAAUAAAGAUGUGGAGCGUAAUU